UUUGCCUUUUUUUGUAGGUCGUCAUUGUAAAUAACAAUUUGUUCUUAACUGACUUCCCUGGUUAAAUAAAGGUUCAAUUUCUCUUGCACACGCCUACAGCUCAACGUGCUCAGGCCGCCCAAAUGAGUCAUGUGAUGAUCAUGUUGAAACCUGUUGUCUGGUGUCACACGUCAUGAUUACCUGCUGUGUUCCUUCUCCAUUUCACCAACGUGUGGAAGAAAAACCAUAGCUUUAAAGGAACUGAAAGCACAAAUGUGUUUUUCUUUCUUUCUCCAAUGGUGUGGAUCUUACUCACUCACUGUGUAUUUACAGUACCUGAUUGAAAGUACACCAAGAGAAUAGACCAGUAAUCAACCUGUGAGGCAGAAACCUAUGUUUAGAUAAUGUACUAAACCUUUAUCUUUGUAAAGACCAAACACUUGAAACUGCACUAAAAAGCAGUCAUUCAUUCACUUUAUAGCAUAUCCAUCAAAAUAAAUCAAAUCUACUUGCUCUGUAAAAUGAACCCUCCACUUAUUUGAUUUAGAUUAGAUUUAUUAGGAUCCCCAUUAGCCAAAGCCGAUGGCAACAGAUAGUAUAACUGAGGUCCGACACAUAACGAGAAAUACAUUACAGACACAACUUAUCCAGUUAUUCUCAGUACAUGCAGGUAGAUAAGGAUGUGUAAGACACUUUCUUAGGAAUCUCUACCAGUUUAACUGCUGUAUGUGGAAACUGUUCCUGAGGAAACCACUGUCAUGCAUGGCCUACGAGGAUGCCCCACCCCAACCAGAAAUGAUUUUCUUUUUUUAAACAUAUUCAUGAAAAUAUUCUGUAAAUAUAUCAAUCAUCAAAUGUCUUGUUUUGUCAUUAAGUACCUCAAGCAUCUACAUUGAGAGGUAACUAACCUAUUGUAUAGUGUCACAACGCAAUUUUAAUCAGCCGGAUAAGGUUUACUCUACAUUGAGCAUUAUGCUGUGUUGUAUGUAUGUAUGUAUGCAUGCAAAAUAUUUUAACUGUAGCUUGGGUGACCAUCUGUUGUUCACCCAACUCCUUUGUAACAUGAUACUAUAUUGUCCAAAUACAUGUAUUCAAUAUUUGUCAUACGUUUUAAAUUUCAUGCAAAUAUGUAGCCUGGGUGUUUUUGCAUAUUUAUGUGUACUGAAUAAGUAUAAUGUCCUUGAUUCUAAACCUGUAUGGCCAAAACAUUUCAUUUAAGAGCAUCUUGACUCUCAUGGGGAGGGUUUAUGGGUCUGGCUGUUGUCAAUCUCAUCUGUCAGUUGAGCUGCAGCCACGACUCAGAGAGCAGGUGAGUUCAUUGCAGGAGGAAAUGGUGUCUAGCAUUCCAGAGGGAAAUACGUAAUAGUACUCGCCUCUGUGUGUGCUGUAUCACAAGAAAGACAAGCUCUAGAUUUUCAACUAAAGACUUUAUUUUGACAGACAUACCACCAUGACAUGUUAUGCAAAUUGAUUUAUAUUUCACUGUUCCUGAAAGCUAUUCUUCUUGUUUCAGAUGUCAAAAUGAUGUGUGUGUAUGUCAGUGGAGGCUGCUGAGGGGAGGACUGCUCAUAAUAAUGGCUGGAACAGAGUAAAUGGAAUUUGAUAUCAUUCCACCUAUUCUGCUCCAGCCAUUACCACGAGCCCGUCCUCCCCAAUUAAGGUGCCACCUGUGGUGUAUGUUGGGGUUACUAAACUUCUGCUUUUAUGAUAUCAAUCUAAUACAUAAUAGAACUUCACCUACUACUGAACAAUAUGUAACAGUACAAAGCAGUGCCGGGUAACUGGGUAGGUACAGUAUCAAGUCUCAGGCAGUUCCCACUGUUUUGUAAUGCCACACCAGGAAGAUCAGAGAAAGAAGGGAAGAACUCUAAGGGCUUACCUAUAACAAGCUGCAUUCUGACCCAUACUCUGUAUUGGGCUCAGAUGAGGAAGUGAAAUUAUUGCAUUUGUCUUUUGCUUCCUUGCUGGCAUUGGUCUGAGCAAAGUCUCUGGAGACUUCCUCAUAUGACUAAUAAGAGUACACACAGGUUCUGUCUCUCCAUGAGAUUGACGCUCUCUCACACACAUCAACAGGUUCUCCACCAGACAAGCAGGCUGAUUGAUGCUCCUUCUAACUGCCACUCACUGGAACUGUAAGUAGAGAGAGAGAGUGAGAGAGAGAGAGAGAGAGAGAGAGAGAGUGAGAGCAGAAUUAGCACACAAUCCACCUAAUAUCCAAAUCUUGUUCCGCUACAAGGGUUUACUGUAUGUAAAUGUUUGUAACUUCUUAGAGCUGAUAUCACUUAUUUAGGUAGUUUUGGUUUCUUUGAUAGUUCACUGGGAUUGUCUUCAUGUUGUGUGCUUGAGAGUUUUGCAAGUGUUCAUUUCAACUACCACACAGUUAGCAGCAAGUGUUCAGUGAGACAUGAAGUGUGUGAUCAUUGUAAGACAGGCGUGGGAAGCCUCAUACUUGGCAUUCAGGACUGUGUCUAGUCUUGUAGAAGUGGUGCAGAAAGAGUGUUCUGGUUUGAGAUGCAGCGGUGAGAGAGGAUGUGGUUAGAAGUAGAUUGUUCAAACUAUUCAGAGGUAUAAGAUCAACAACCCUAAUCUCACUUUUGUCACGUGCAAAUGAGUGGGGGUGUGGGGUAUCGUAACCCAUAUUUAUCUUGGAAUUAUCACCCCUAUAUAGUUGUGCAUUAACUGGCAUGGUAUGCUUCUCCAUUAGAGUUUACUUGUAAACUGAGCAAUGUUUGUCUUAGCCUGACAUUUUCUUCCUUAUUCCAAGAGGCUUUUAUGAUGCAUCAAUAAACAUUAAACACGUCUCUUAUCAAACUUGGGUUUGAUUGGGUCUACUCUGUCUAAGGUUGUCACCUGUUGUAUUCGGCGCGUGUGACAAAUAAAAUUAGAUUUGAUCUUGAAAACACAAGUGCCUUUCCAAUUUGAAUGCAUUCAGGAUGAAAGGGUGGUCUUAAGGAACAUAUGAUGGGGCAUACACGUGUGUGUGUGUGUGUGUGUGUGUGUGUGUGUGUGUGUGUGUGUGUGGCGCGCAUGUAACACUGCAUGUUAAAGUAGAGAUGAGGAGUUUCAAUGUGUGCUUGUUCACUGUCACCAUGAUAGUCCAUGAUUGGUGAAAAAUAACACUUUCUAAAUAUAUUGCUAUUCUUAGAUAUAAAGUCAACAUUCCAUAGGCCUACCCAGAAUAGAAGGUAAAGGGUGUGGUGAAGGUAUGCACAGCAUGUCACUUUUCUACCUUUUAUACUCAGUCAUUAGUAAUCACUUUGUAAAAUAAUUAUUGGGUUUUUCCAGACCACUAAAUGGAGGAUGUGUCUGACUGGACUGGUGUAAAGUAUUUGCAAAACAAAUAUCAUAAAACAUUUCUGUUUUGGUUCAAAGUAAGGAAUAUCCUCAUGAAUUCCAGUGGUCUAUAUUUGUUAUGACAACGGACGCCAGCUGUAUCAAACACUUUAUUUAAGUUCACCUGAGCCUAUAGGGGCUUUCUAGACCAGUAUGACGUGAGCGUCUGCGUGCAGUCAUGAGACUGUGGCGGCGCGAGCAGCCGAUUCUAUCCCUGCGCAGUGUGCACCUAACCACAUUGAAAGUGUCUGAAAGCCCCGUGACCUCCACCAUGCUUCUUCAUGUGUUUACAGAGUCAGAGGUUGCCUCACCUCACCCCCCCCCCGGCCUUCCUGCACCUGUCACAUCUUCCAAAACUGAUGCUGUUGUUGUGGAAACUGUGAUAAAGUGAUAGAAAAGGGAGACGAGGAGGAUUCCCCAACAGACAGAGUCCUGACAGAAGCCUGGAAGGACACUACUACUAGACAUUGACGGACCUGAGGCAGAGUGUGCCACACUGAGCUGAGGACCAGCGGCAUGGACCAGCAGCAUGGAAAAGUGGAGCGCUUCCUCAAGCUGGGCUACUCCCAUAGUGACAUUGUACGAGUGCUAGAGAGCCUGCGUCAUGACGCCCAGACCAACGAAAUACUGGAGGAGCUGAUCAAGACCUGCCAAAUCACCACUACAACAACCACCCCCACCCCAUCCAUACCAGCCAGCCGCUCAGCCCAUUCCAGCCCACAGCUGGUCCCUCGAGGCUGCAGCUCUCCCCAGCCCAGCCAGUCACUACGGCCCAGCUCAGCUACAGACAGGGAUCCCACUUUGGUAUUCAGACCGGUGGUAAUUGAUGGAAGCAAUGUGGCCAUGAGCCAUGGCAACAAGCAAGUCUUUUCGUGCCGGGGGCUGUUGCUGGCAGUCAGGUGGUUUUUGGAGAGAGGUAUCCGUGACAUCACAGUGUUCGUGCCUCUGUGGAGAAAGGAGCAACCCCGUCCUGAGGCCCCCAUGACAGAUCAGCCAAUCCUCCAUGAGCUGGAGAAGAGAAAGAUCCUGGUGUACACCCCGUCACGCUGCGUCAACGGGAAGAGAGUGGUGUGUUACGACGACCGCUACAUCAUCAAACUGGCCUACGAGUCCGAUGGCAUCGUUGUGUCCAAUGACAACUACAGAGAUCUGCAGAUAGAGAAGCCAGAGUGGAAGACGUUUAUAGAGGAAAGGCUGUUGAUGUACAGCUUCGCCAAUGACAAGUUCAUGCCUCCUGAUGAUCCUCUGGGAAGGAAUGGCCCGACAAUUGACAACUUUCUGAGAAUAAAGCAGUGGACCCCAGAAAACAAGAAGGAGCGUUGCCCGUAUGGGAAGAAGUGUACUUAUGGAGUGAAGUGCAAGUUCUACCACCCAGAGCGCUCCAACCAAUCGCAGCUGUCUGUAGCAGAUGAGCUUAGAGCCAAGAGCAAACCUGCCGCUCAGACAGACAGGGAGUGGUCAUUUAUCCCCUCAGGCCUCGGCCAGGAGGCCCAUAUCUACACAUCCCUUUAUGAGCCAGACCACACUACUAAUCAUCUACACAGAUAUCCUUCCACACCACCUCACCUUAGAAAAAAUGAACAUUCCCAUUCCCACAGAGCUUCGCCAAGUGAUCAGUUCACCAGCCAGAGAGAAACAGGUAGCCCAGCUCUACACCACAAGUCCAGCCACCACUUCUGCCCCAGCCCAGACACUGACGAGGCCUUUGGCUCUAUGGAGGCCUCCCUGUCCAGGCUAUAUGUCCAGGACCAGACAAACAGCACCAAAGGGCCCGGGGUGUCUUACACAUACAGCAGCGGGGUGGCCGGCUGCAGCCAGGGCAGUGGGGACGUCUACCCCUCCAGCACUUACAGCAGCCACAGUCACGGCAGCAACACACAGAGGCUCAGCCUGGGUGGGCCUUCCUCGGGAGUCCACUAUGCCCCCCAAAGACUGCUACAGUGUGGCUGUGACCACUCACAGAGCUGUGAGUGCAGCCAGUGCAUGUACGGCCACCAGCAUCUCCAGCCACAGCUAAGAAAGAGCUCCUAUGUCGUUCACAGUAACCCCAUCCAUUUCACAGAGCAGUACUUUCAGAGUCCUCCCCCACAAAGGCAGAGUCACAGCCUCCCAGAACACAGCCUGGGACAGGGCCUCUCUGGUGAGAGAAUGGAGAUGACUAGGUCCAAUGAAGGUAAAGCUCCAGAUAGUGAGCAGAGGAGGAGUGUGAAGAACCAGCUCAGCACCCUCUUCCCCCCCAGCAUGGUAGACUAUGUGAUGAGUCUAUACCCACACACCCUCAACAAGUCAGAGCUGGUUCCUCUGAUCCAGAGGUUCAGAACCAGCCACGUUCCCUUCUAACAUGCAAGACCUUUCUCUGUAAGCAUUAAACACAGUAGUUCUUCCUCAGCAGACUAGAGACAAGCUUGAAAAUGUAGCAGUCUGUGCUGAAUUUCCUAUGUAUGUAUAAGUCAAGUGCAAUGCACUACCAUCUUCUGAAUGAUGCUAGUUCAUUUUGAAUCUAGCAUUGACUUAAAGAUUAUCAAAGCAGCAUGUGUUGUUUUAACAUGUAGCCUCAAACUGAGGGAAGCUAUUUGACAAAAUGGGUGUUAACCUGUACGGUAUGCAGAAUAAUACUGUCCUUGUCAUUUGUUUGUUGUCCAUAUUAAACAUAAGUCCUUGAAAA